AGAAAGCCUUCAAUGUAUCUUCUUCUCUUCGCACUAUUUCCAUUGGCCAUAGGCUUCGUAGACCCGAACAGCAACAAACAAAUCUCCAGAAGUUCUGCACACUCUCCUGGUUUCUCUUACCCCAACUGUUCGAACGCAGCGUGUCCUGGCCAUUGCGAAAAUGGAUGGGCAUAUUUUGGCGAGACAGAUGCGUGCUACAAGGUUUUCCAUUGGGGAGCCUUCUACAGGGCCGAGAGCCGUUGCAGGGAUGUUGGAGCACAUCUGACCUCAAUUCACAGCGAAGAUGAGAAUCAUUUUGUAGCCGACUUGACAGAAACGGGGUUUGAGUGGCAUUAUGGAAACUAUGAGGAGCAUGUACGUGGAUCAACUUGGAUAGGUCUGAGACGGGCCGAUUAUCUAAAUAGCGGAGAUUGGCUUUGGACAGACGGGACAAAUGUUGAAUUCCUAGCGUGGGCUCCGGAUGAACCGAAUAAUUAUGCAGGAAAUGAACGCUGUGUGGAGCUACACAGUGAUCGUAUAAUAGAACCAGGAACCUCUUUACGGCAGCAUAAAUGGAAUGAUUGGCCUUGCUCUUCUGAAAUAAGAUCAUAUGUGUGCAAGAAACCGGCCUUGCACUAGAGUGGUAUUUACAUGGAUCUGAUUGUUGUAUGACAGUUUUGACAGUACUUAAUGUCAAUGAAUCUUCUGCUUUGCAAA